AUGGCGGUUCAUGAUCAGCUAUCAGUGAUUUUGGCAUUUGUACUUACGGGCUUGUCGACUAUCAUUGUGGCUCUAAGAGAUUCGUUUGCACGAGUAGCAACCGGCAAUCUUCUCACGACAUGGAUCUACCGCCUAUCCUACAUUCUCGACCUCUGUCUGAUCAAAACCUCAAUCUUGCUAUUCUACAACCACAUCGCCUCUGCUCGCAAGAGCUUCCACCUCCUCGUUCGCACUCUGCUUGCCAUCAAUCUGCUCGGAGGCUCCUCUAUGAUCGUCGCCGCCGUAUUCACCUGCUACCCAAUUUCCGACAGUUGGUCCUUCGAAGUUUUCGAAAAGGGUCUGCACGGCAUCCACGCCACCCAGUGCUACAACCCCGGCCCAUUCUGGAUCGCAAACGCCACAUACAACCUCGUCACCGACAUCGUCAUAUGGACCCUCCCAAUAAUCUUCCUCCUAAACCUCACCACCAUGUCCCCCCGCCGACGCCUCGAACUCGCCGCCAUCUUCUCCUUCGGCCUGCUCGCCAUCGUCGGCUCUGCCGCCCGCCUGCGCGUCAUCAUCCUCUGGCUCUCCUCCUUCGUCCAGCAAGCCGAGAACUUCGCCAACCUACUCAUUUGGUCGCAAGUCGAGCAGAACAUCGGCAUCAUCGCCGGUUCCGUCCCAUUCCUACGCCCCCUAUUCCGAAAAGUUUUGCAUUCGUAUCGCAGCCGCACCCGCAGUCGCGAGCAAGCCAGCCCCGCGCCGGGCAUGGGCAUGGGCAUGCAGCUUAUUGAUCCGGAACAGAGGGGCGCGCUACCGGAUCAGGAUGCGCAUUUCGUGGUGCCGAGGGAGUUGGUCAUUCCUGAUCCGAGCCCUGAGGAUGGCGAGUUCAAGGUUCCCGAGGAGGAAUUGGCGCCGAUUCAGAGCUUCAAGAGCCAGUGUAGUUGGGGCAGUGCGGUUUGGGAUGGGAGUCAGGUCAGGCAGGUUUUGCCGACUUGA